AUGACGGACGAGUACCCCAGUCUGUUCCGCUCGGAACGGAUGAGUUUGGUGCAGCUCUUCGUACCAACUGAAGUUGCCCAUGAUACUGUUGCUGAGUUAGGCGAACUUGGAAAUGUCCAGUUCAACGAUUUAAACCCCAGCGUCAACCCAUUCCAGCGUUCUUUUGUCGGUGAGAUUCGUCGGAUCGAUGAAAUGGCCCGUCGCGUCCGAUUCUUCGCCACACAAAUUGAGAAAGAGAAAGACGUGAUUCCCAUUCGACCUCUGUAUGACUCGGCCCCUCUAAUCACCGUGGGUCCCCGUGCUGCGCACACCAUCGACGAGCUGGACACCACUCUUGCGGAGCACGAGACGAGACUUACGAAGAUGAACGAUAGUUACCAAAUUUUGAGUGACAGGACGAAGGAACUCAUUGAGGCUAGGCAUGUACUGAGGGAAACAGCGGUCUUUUUCGAGAAGGCACAAGGCCGCCGGUCUGAUAUCCGCUCGUCUUUUGACGAUAGUUCGGCUCCCCUCUUGCACCAUGAAGAUCGGGAGAGUCAGUUUUCGCCAGCUGAAGUGCAGUUUGAUCUCGAGUUUGUUGCUGGGACCAUUGAGCGCUCCCGCGUUCCUACCUUCGAACGAGUGCUGUGGCGCGUACUCCGCGGAAAUCUGUACAUGAACCACACGGAUAUAGUAGAGCCUUUCAUCGACCCCACCACUCUCGUCGAGACCCGUAAGAACGUUUUCAUCAUCUUCGCUCACGGCGAUGCUCUCCUCGCCAAAAUUCGCAAAGUGGCAGAGUCAAUGGGGGCGACGAUUUACCCUAUCGACCCUAACGCUAACAAACGCUCCGAAUCUCUUCGCGAGGUUACGAUCCGUCUGGAAGAUCUGGAGACGGCAUUAUACAGGACCGGGUUAACCAGGCGGUCCGAGCUGGUGUUGGUUGGCGAAAGUCUUCGCAGCUGGCAAGAUGUUGUUAGGAAGGAGAAGAUGAUCUACGAAGCUCUCAACCUAUUCAAUUACGAUGUUCGCAGGAAGACGCUCAUUGCUGAGGCGUGGGUUCCAACCCGGGAUAUUGUCACCAUCCAGUUAGCGUUGAGGCAUGCUACGGAGGAGUCCGGCACAAGUGUCCCGCCCAUCUUGCAAGAGCUCCAAACGUUUAAGACGCCGCCUACUUUCCACAAGACGAACAAAUUUACAGAGGGUUUCCAAACUAUCAUGGACAGCUAUGGUAUUGCCAGGUACCAAGAAGUCAAUCCAGGCUUAUUCGCCGUCGCGACCUUCCCUUUUUUGUUCGCUGUCAUGUUCGGUGAUAUUGGUCAUGGUGCUAUCAUUUUCUGCGCUGCGUUGUACAUGAUUCUUUCUGAGAGACGACUGGCCAAGGCAGAUCUUGACGAGAUUACUGGUCAAUUUUUCUUUGGUCGCUACAUCAUUCUUCUUAUGGGCCUGUUUUCGAUGUACACCGGCUUCAUGUACAACGAUAUCUUCUCGAAGUCACUCCAUAUCUGGCACUCAGGAUGGACUUUCCCCGAAGGCAGUGGAACGAUCACGGGAGCAUUCAAUGGACAUACCUAUCCUUUUGGGCUUGACCCUGGCUGGCACGGAGCCGACAACGCGCUCGUUUUCACGAAUUCCUACAAGAUGAAAAUGUCGAUUGUUCUUGGUGUCAUACACAUGACAUUUGCGCUGUGUCUUCAGGUUCCAAAUCAUUUCAAGUUCAAGCGAACUGUGGACAUAUACACCAACUUCAUACCCCAAAUGGUAUUCUUGCAAUCGAUUUUCGGCUAUCUCGUGCUGUGCAUUCUGUACAAGUGGUCGAUUGAUUGGUCGAAGUCCGCUGCUGGGCCUCCGUCACUGCUGAAUAUGCUUAUUUCUAUGUUUUUGGAACCUGGAACGAUUGCACCUGGGAAUAGGCUCUACCGCGGACAGGGAACUGUCCAAGUGGUGUUGUUACUUAUGGCUGCAGUUUGUGUCCCUUGGCUCUUGAUCGCGAAGCCUUAUCUCCUAUGGAAAGAAACACAUAAGGUCCAUGGACAAGGCUAUGUUGGUAUCGGGCAUGAUGAGCCUGUUAGGCAUAGCACGGACGAUGCCCUGGAGGGCGAGGAGGAAGGGAACGGGAGAGCCAUAGCGGAAGCUGCGGGCGAAGGACAUGAACAGCACGACUUCAGCGAGGUUGUGAUUCAUCAAAUCAUUCAUACGAUCGAGUUCUGUCUUGGGUGUAUAUCACAUACCGCAUCGUACCUCCGUCUUUGGGCCUUAUCUCUUGCUCAUGCACAAUUGUCGGAAGUCUUAUGGUCCAUGACGAUCGAAGGAUUCCUCGGACCGACCACCCUCUUCAAUUGGGCAGCAUUGCUAUUUAUGGGAACGUUUUGGUUUGGCGCUACUGUUGGCAUUCUGUGUAUCAUGGAGGGACUUUCGGCAUUUUUACACGCCCUUCGUUUGCAUUGGGUUGAGGCAAACAGUAAGCAUUUUGAAGGCGGUGGCUAUGCGUUUGCUCCCUUGAGCUUCGCAAGCAGAGAGUGAAUGGACGGUUGAGUCAACGUGCGGUUGACGAUCCUAUCAGACGGACUCUUUCCCACUCCGUAGUCUUUAUUGUUCUGGCCUCGCUCUCACAUUACGAAUUCAACAAACCCGUUUUUUCACUG